UGAAUAAUGAGCACCUUUAAUUGAGUUCGUAAUGUGACGAGAGGUCAUAAAAGGUUUUUCCAGUCUAUUUCGGCCCUUUUAACAUGACAAUACUAGGCAAACCCGGGGCUUUUAUUAAUGUAUUUGGAUCACACUAAAACGCUUAAUAAAGCCAGUUAAAAGUCCGUGUGUUUGAUUAAGAAAUUCAUCCAUCUGUCAAUCACGACAUCACCAUUCAAUAGCCAUCGAGGAACUCAUUUAAAGACUGAAGUUCUGCAGCACCAUAAACUAAUAUCUUCAACUCACGGAAGGAACACAGUCAAGUUGGUAUAAACGCCCAAGACGAUGUUCUACCAAGACCCGUUCUUGUUCUAUCAACAGUCACCACACUACAUGUCGCAUAACAAUGUCGUUGUUCCUCARCCCAAGUAUAAUUCCCACAUGAUGGGAGACAAUAUUUGUGGUUCUUCUUCUUCUCAYUCGUGGGUGCCCAAACAACCUUCUCACUACCAAGACGUGUGUCCGAGCAAAACGUCACCACAUAGUUCAUUUGACUGCGGCAUUCCGCCAUUUUUGUCUCACAACUCGCUUCCCAAACCAGGACAAACCCAAGGGAGUGAUCCACGCAAUGAUGUUUUACACAGUCUGCCAGUGUACUUUCGAGUCAAACCCAGUCUUCGAACUCCAAGCGGUCGUAAAUGUCGCAAGUCCAGAACUGUUUUUACAGACCUUCAACUUCGAGUCCUGGAGAAGACCUUUUCUGAGCAAAAGUACCUUGACUCUACCAGCAGAGCAAAGCUUGCACAAAUCUUAGGCUUGAACGAAGCACAGGUGAAAACAUGGUUUCAAAACCGACGCAUGAAAUGGAAAAAGAAGAACAUUAAACCAGGAGAAAAAGAAAAGAACGAAAGCACAAAUUCUUCCGCAAAAGACAAAACUUCAUCUUCUGGAGUUACAAAGAAAGUUGACCAAAAUCAACCCAGUGAGACUCAACAAGAAACGGCAACAACCAGUACCUCACAAGAACAAAACCUUCAAAUGGACAUUACUCUUGCUUGCCCAGAAACAACACAAGCAACAAGCACUAUUCAGUGACUUUUACUUUAAGACAGUUAAAGAAUAUCUAGUUAAGUUUCAUAAAAGUUGAAACUAUAGAUCACAAUAUAAAAUAUAUAUAUUAUCAAUAAGCCUGUACCGCUGUCGAUAAACACCAUAAACUAGUAGAAAGGUGUUGUCCUUUAGGUUGAAACUCAUGCAUUGGCCUUGUAGGUCUUCUCGAACGGCCACAUUGUAGCGAGUAUUGAAUUUUAUUCCUAUGAUAAUAAUAAUAUAGCUAGUGCAAGUCAACAUCAAAAAUAUCUAAAUAUUCACGUCAAAAAAAACCACUUCUCACUAUAUUUAAAUGUUACAUAAAGCGUUUGAUUUCUGUAAAGGGAAGUUUUCCCGUGGGUUGGGAGUUUUUGAUACAACUGAUUAUGAAAUUUUUUAGUAGUUCAAAAAGGCUGUAUGCUAUGGAAGCGACUCUCAAAUUCGUGAAGGCAUUUUAGUUAGCUGAAAACAUAUACAUAUGUGUAGGCCAUGAAUACUUUUAGUUGAUUUAAUUUUGGAUGAUGUAAUUUUGUUUAAAAUCCAUUUGACUUUAUAAAUACUAUUCUUCCCAACUUGAUAAAAUACGAAUGAGAUCAAGUAGCGAAAAAUCGAUUUCUACAUUUGUUUGAAAUUCUGUAUCACUAUAUGGGUACGAAAUGUCGCCUUGCGUUAAGAAUAAGCAAAUAAAGUGGACUAUUAAAGAGAAA